AAUCCCAGAGCAACAUCAAACAUGGGCAAGAUCAUCUUCUUCGAGGACAGGAACUUCCAAGGUCGUUCCUAUGAGACCAGUAGCGACUGCCCUGAGCUCACCCCUUUUCUGAGCCGCUGCAACUCCUGCAGGGUGGAGAAUGGCUGCUUCAUGGUCUACGAGAGGCCCAACUUCAAGGGAAACCAGUACUUUGUGAAGAGAGGGGAAUACUCUGACUGCCAGCGUAUGGGCCUGACUGAAUCCAUCCGUUCCAGUCGCAUGAUCCCCCAACACAGAGGAUCUUACAGGAUGCAACUCUUUGAGAGGGAGAACUUCGGAGGUCAGAUGCACGAGCUGAUGGAUGAUUGUGAUUCUAUCCAAGAGCGUUACCGCAUGUCCGACUGCCAGUCCUGCAACGUGAUGGACGGCCACUGGCUGAUAUACGAGCAGCCCCACUACAGAGGCAGGAUGAUGUACCUGAGGCCUGGAGAGUACAGGAACCUCAGGGAGAUAGGAAUGGGCAACACAAUGAGAUUCAGCUCUAUGAGGCGUAUCGUGGAUUCCUGUUAGGGUCAACGCCAUUGAUUUCCCUGACACUGACAGGAAUCAAUAAUUUGGCUUCAUUUGAAAUCAUAUUUACACAAUAAAAAUCAUUGAUGCUUA